AUGUCAGGCUUCAUUCCUGGUCAUUCCGGUGAAUAUUCUUCACCUUUGGGAGAGGAGCCGAGCCACCUAGAACGCCCCCAGGACCCAGGACAGACAAACCUCAUGAUCAGUGAAAUGCCACGAGUCCCUGUCAUUAACUCUGUGCCAGACCCACUCGAUGAUAGCCUCCAAACCUUGGAUGAGGAGCCAAGCCACCCAGAACAACCCCAGUGCCCAGGAGAGACAUGCAUCAUGGGAGUGCAACAAGUCGUUAUUACUGCCAUUCGCGCAACUGAUCUCACUCUUGGUUUCCGACAGAUCCUCGCUGGUUUCCAUGUGGUAGUAAAGACCGACGGUGCUGAAUUCCAGACAAGUAACAAACCCGUACACGUAGAUCAGGCUGUCGUCGAAUGGAACGAGCCCAUACUUCUGCCGUGGCCAUCAUCUAAAGUUCGGGUCAGCGUGUAUGCCUCAUUUGAAUUAGAUCCCAUGCUCGGUGGAGAAGUCCUCUGCACAUUCGAGAUCUCCGUCCGAGAAUUACUGGAUCGCAGCGAAAAUUUACAUCAUUAG